UUCAGUCACCAACCAUGUAUGCUUUCUGUUGACCUGAAUGUGUUUUGAUGCCACCAUUAUAUUUUGUAUCUAAGCGCUGCCAGCUGCUAUGAACUGCGAGCCAUCAAUGAAUGUGACUUUGUGUUCAUUAUUGUUAACCGGAAUUGAUUGGGUGAGUCCAUUUUGCUGGCCUGGGAAAUGAUUGGCCUGGGAUCCCCCGAGAGACAUGUGGCCAGCCACUGCCAGGCUGAAUCACUGCUGGGGAUCAGCUGCAGAAGCAUCAGGAUGGAGGCAAUGGAGUGGAAGGUAUACACAGAGAGUGACACAUCACAUUGGCGUCCUCGUCAUCAGUUGGGGGAGGGGAAGAAAAAAAAGUCUGUGAAAGCUGCUUCAAUAUUUAGCCAUGGAUGUUGCAGUGGAGGUGAAGAAAAGGCCAGCUACAAAAGCAUCACACACGUUUCACCAAAAACUGACCUUUUACCAUUGGAGCUUUCUUAUCAGCGGCCCGGUGGUACCCUCCCCCUAGUUUGGGACGGGGGAAGAUCUUUCAAAGCAAGUCACAAGGAGGCUCCAAGUUGCUGCUUUUCUAUGUGUGGUGAAAGCAGAUGGCCUCCAGCGUGCAAGACAGAGCCGUGGGGGCCAUUAUCGGGGCCGCAGUAGCAGAUGCGGCAGCCCAGCCCAUGCAUUGGAUUUACAACCCAGAGAGACUCAAAGAAGUUCUCGCAGACCUGGAGCCCACGCCGGAGUUUCGUGCCGACUCUGCAAAUCCUUUCUACCGCAGGAAGACAGGCGAACAGACCUGCUAUGGCGACCAGGCUUACGUCCUUUUGGAAUCGCUGAGUCAGUGCGGAGACGUCAAUGUGGAGGAUCUGACUCGACGUAUCUACAAGUUCUUUGGCCCAGGGACGGUGUACGACCUCCCGCUCAACGAUCCUUACCGCAAGAAAGGAGGUCCCAAAGCGGUCCUUCCUAUUGAUGGUCCUUGGAGGAAUGGGAGCCUGAAAGCUUUCAUCAGAAAUGUGGAUGCUGGAAAAGAAGAAACUGGCUGUGAUGUGGACUGUCAAAUGGACGGCGUCACCAAGCUGGCUCCGGUGGUGGCCUUUUACGCCGGUCGCCCCGAAAUGCUGGAGAAAGUGGAGCAAGUGAUGAGGGUUACCCAGAAUAACGACAUGUGUGUGGCUGUGACACUGGCGGCUGCAAGGUUUUUGGAGCAUUUUAUUCUUAAUGGUCCAAGUUCCAAAGCUGUGGAUGCGGUUCUGGCACAACUGAAAGAUCCGCAAAGACAGAACCCUCAAGAUCUCGACAAUGCAGUCAUUGCACAUGUCCAGCAGGUGAAAGACAACCUGACCAAGACAUCCCAGCAGCUCAUACCGGCUGUGUUCACCAACACCUGAGCCUUGCCGGGUGCAUUCCAGGGAGCGCUGCAUGGAGUCCUGACGUUGAAGCAGUUGGAUGAGGCCGUCAGGAACACCAUGCGCUGCGGGGGGUGCACCGCCAGCCGAGCCUCCUUCAUAGGAGCCUGCUUUGGGGCACAGUACUUCCUACAGUGACUCAUCAAUGUAACGCUACUGACACCUAGUGACUGGCCUCCAAGGAAUCCCGGAGUCUUGGAAGAAAAGGACUCUCAGAUAUCCUCAGCUGCUGGAGCUGGCUGAAAAUAUGUUCCAAAAAACAGCCUAAAUUGCAGGUUAUCUUUGAGUUUGCCUUGUAUUAUUAACCCUCUAUUAAGUGCUACUACUGUUCAGUUCUAUUCAUGCAGACGUCCCCUCAAGUCACAGAUGCGCUUUGAAAUGGCAAUUCAUGACGGUCCCGUUUGAAAGUCCCGCACCGAAUGAGACUUGAAUCUGUUUGUUGUGUCAAAGAUGCGUUAUGUAAGAAGAGGAGCGUGUGCGCCAAGUGCUUGAGAACAUGACUUGGUUGCCAAUAAAGAAUAACGUUACUUGCA